AAAACCUUCAAAGAUUACAAGCCUGUUUUGUAAAAUAGCUUGCUGUUUUAGCAAGGAUAAGAAAAGAGUUAGCAACAGGAAAGCCAGGACGAAAUUAUCCAAAGUUCUUUAUAACAAGCAAGAACAAGAUAAGGCUACCUUAUCAAAAGGAUGUAGAGCUAGCUGCUUGUCUUACAGGAAGAAGACGAAUGAUCAGGAGAUAUCGACUCCAGUUAUGAGCAUUAAACACAGAGUAUCCCUGAAGGACAGGCUAGAUAGUACAAAGGAUAGAAAAGAAAGGACCAACUCCAAAAUCUCACCCAUUCUGCAGAGGAAAAACACUAAGAACUCAGGCAACUCUACUAUGGGGACUAUGCAGAUAGAGACUAAAGGACUCAGUUCUCCUUAUCUGAAACAAUUUGUUUCGAAUAAUCUGGGCCAAUUGAAAAAUUUCCCUGGUGCUGGAGAAGUUGAGUAUAAAUAUAUGGCUAAUGAAGAUGGAAGCCAGAGCAAUCACUCUGAAAGCAAGCAGGAGCGCUUGACAGGCAAGAUGUCCAGGAUGCAAAAGUCAGCAUCAGUUUCAUUAAGGACGACAAAUAAGCACUCAAGUUUCCAAGAUAACAACUUGCUGAUCCCAAGUUCUAUAGAGGAGGAUGAUAUGGAGGAUACAUUAAGAAGCGCUUCUCCAAAUAUUUUUGAGAACAACGGCCACUCAAAGCUAGCAGAGUGGAGAACUCAGAAAAAUAUUUCUCUUGAUGAAUACAAUGAGUUCUCAGAGCAUUGAAAUGAUUACGAUCAAGUCGAAGCCAUUGAGGAUUAUGUAGAAUCUCUUAAUAGAGCAAUGAGCGAGAACAAUGUGAAGCCUAUAGCCUCUCGGAAGAGAUCUAAUUAUAGAAAAUUCUAUCAUUCAAAUUUUGAUGAAGAGUUAUCAGUAAGCUCUGGUGAAGAAUCCUUUGACUUUGGAUACGACGAUUGUGAAGCGAUCACUAGACAAAUAAGUCAGAGAUAUACCUUAAACUCUCAGAAUGACCGAAUCAGUGCAAUUAGGAGAGAAUGUAAAAGAAAUGAAGAGUCUCAUAGGAACACCGGUCUUAAGAAAGCAGUCACUAAGAGAAGUGAAAACUCUAACACCAACAAAGUCUCUUCAAUUGCUACCUCUCAUGUAGACAUUGAUACGGUUGACGGAAAAACAGUGAUCAAGAGAGUAACCAAAGAAGAGAAAGAAGCAAUUGUCAAGAAUAGAUUGAAGAAUUUCUUAUUAUAAGUUAACAUCACCAGUAAAUUAUCGUAAUUUAACAAUUUUUUGUAUAAAACAAUCUUGGUACUUUAUUACAAGAGUUAUUGGGGAGGUAGAUCUAAGUAGUAUAGACUGGGGUAGUAUA